CCUACAAGAUGGCACCAUUUCCCAAGGAGUCAGGGGAGUAAGGAUGAGAAGUGUGGUCUUCUAGGAACAAGGAGAAGGGAGAGAAGAGAGAUGGGGAUCUGGUCCCCUGGGGAGGCCCCAGAUGAGGAAGGCAGUUAUAGGAUCCUCAACAGGCCCCGCCAAGGCCAGAUAGUCCAAGGAUGCCGGCUGUUCCCCCUUGCAGGGCCCUCUGCGCCUACGUACUGCACAGGAACGUGACCUGUGUCCUACAGGAGGGAGCAGACAGCUACGUGAAGGCCGAGUACCGACAGUGUGGAUGGGGGCCCAAGUGCCCCGGGACAGUCACGUACCGCACAGUGCUCAGACCCAGAUACAAGAUUGGCUACAAGACCGUGACAGACCUCGCCUGGCGCUGCUGCCCUGGCCUCACGGGAGAAGGCUGUCCCGAGCACCUGACCGACCACGGGGCCACCCCAGCCCAGCCAGAGCCUGAGCCCCAGAUUCCCUCAGGGCAGCUGGGCCCAGGGCCCCGGCUGCCUUCUUCUGGCCCAGCAGCCCCCAGCCCCUAUGGAAGGAAAGGCCCCGGGCUGUUUGGUGAGCGGCUGGAGCGCCUGGAGGGUGACGUCCAGCGCCUGACCCAAGCGUACGGUACCUUCAGUGGCCUGGUGGACGGCCACGAGGACCCCAACAGGAUGACUGAUAGUCCAAGGCUUCCUGCCGCCCCUGUGGGCUUUGGGGUCAUCUCCGAGGGCCUUGUGAAGGCCAGAGACAGAGCCGGAGGGCCACUUCCGCCCCCCCUGGACGAGAUCCUGAGCAAGGUGACGGAGGUGAGCAACACUCUGCGGACCAAAGUGCAGCUGCUGGACGAGGUGCACGGGCUGGCUCUCGGCCACGAGGCUCACCUGCAGCGGCUGCGGGACGCCCGACCAUCUCCGCUCACAUCGCUGGCGCUGCUGGACGAGUACGUGGACCGACGGCUGCACCGGCUCUGGGGGAGCCUCCUGGACGGCUUCGAGCAGAAGCUCCAGGGCGUCCAGAGCGCCUGCGACCUGGGGGUGCAGGAGGUGCGGCAGCGGUGUGAGGAGGGCCAGGCGGCCAGCCGGCGGCUGCACCAGAGCCUGGACGGCCGCGAGCUGGCCCUGCGCCGGGAGCUGUCGCAGCUCGGGACCAGGCUGCAGGGUCUGAGCGCGGCAGGCGGGAGCAGCUGCUGUGGCCGCCGGCUGGCCUUGAUCAGCGCCCGCGUGGACAACCUUGAGAGGAACCUGCGGGCGGUCACCGAGGCCCAGAGGGGCCACGGCCCCCUCACCAGGGACGAGCUCGAGCGGCUCUCGGCCGCCAUGCUCGAUGGCCAUGUGGAUGGGCUGCUGGAGGGCCUGGACACCCUAAACGGGACGGAGGGCGGAGUGCGAGGCUGCUGCCUGGGGAUGGAGGAGGGGGGCUGGGAGGCGGGCGGCUUCAGAACAUCGCUGGAAGAGCGCGUGCAGAACCUAGAGGAGCGCCUGGUGACCCUGGCGGAGGAGCUGAGCCCCAAGAGCGCCGCCCCAGGCAGGUCGGCCCGGCCCCUGGUGCAGACAGAGCUGGCCGUGUUGGAACAAAGGCUCGUCUCCCUGGAGACCUCGUGCACCCCCGGCACCACCUCAGCCAUCCUGGACAAGCUCGAGGCAGAGGUGAAGGCCUGGCAGAGCCGGAGCGAGGCCCUCCUCCACCAGGUGGCCAGCCACGCCGCCCUGCUCCAGCAGCUCAACGGCACUGUGGCCGAGGUCCAGGAGCAGCUGGCAGAAGCGACCGGCCGUUCCCUUCAAGGCGAGAUCACCCUGCUCAAGGUCAACCUGAACUCCGUAAGCAAGUCCCUCACGGGGCUCAGCGACUCCGUCAGCCAGUACUCGGAGGCCUUCCUGGCCGCCAACUCCUCCCUGGACGAGCGCGAGCGCAAGGUGGAGGCUGAGGUCCACGCCAUCCAGGAACAGGUCAGCAGCCAAGGCUCUCGGCUUCAGGCUGGCCACAGGCAGGUCCUGAGCCUGAGCGGGGAGCUGGAGCGACUCAAGGCCGGCGUGGCCGAUGUGGCCGGCGGGCUGAGCCGCUGCCAGGACACAGCGCAGGAACUACAGCACAUGCUGGGCCACUUCGACCGGAGGGUGGCUCAAGUGGAGGGUGCGUGUGGGAGGCUGGGCCGACUGGCAGCAGGCCUGGACCGCUUGCCUACCGAGUCGCUCCGGCCCAGGGAGGGCCUGUGGGGCUACGUGGACCAGCUGAAUCGCACGAUGGCUCAGCACACGCAGGACAUCUCCCGCCUCCAGGAUGACCUCCUGGACUGCCGGGCCCAGCUGGCUGAGCAGGCACGGCCCCGGCCAGCUGACUAGGCAGGCCAGACAGAACCCAACCCUGGAUCCCACCAACCCUG